GUGCACAAAGGCAGCUGCUGGAGGAACUGUUCAGCGCGAGGGAGCGAGCCGAGCGCUGAGAGGCGUAAUAAACAAUCUCCGGCUAGCUACAGACAGGGACGCGGACUCGAAGUAGCUCCCCGGCCCAAGCCCGUAGCUUUACUCAGUGAAACAGGAUUCCAUCGUCAGGUUAAGACUUCUACAGAGUUCCAGCAGGAUGGAGGUGGAGAUGGAGGAGAUCCCCCAGGACGAGCCCCAACCUGAGCCUGAGAACCAUGUUACCAGAGACCAGUGCUGCCAGACAGACGAGCCACAGCCCAGCAGCCCUAACCCAAUGACUGACCUGAACCCUGGCCCUGACACAGCCCCCAGGACACCAGGGUACUGCGUGGAGCCAGGCGACCCUCCGCUGUUGCAGCAGCAGCUCCAGACCUCCAAGUCUGGCAUCCAGCAGAUCAUAGAGGUCUUCCGCUCAGGUACUGCCCAGCUGAAGCACAUGCUGCUGAACGAGGUGGACACCAUCUUUGAGUGUAAGACAUGUCGCAGCUUGUUCCGGGGCCUGCCCAACCUCAUCACCCACAAAGAGUACUACUGCAUCACCAGACUGUCCAAGCCCGACGAUCCAGCGGGCGAGGGUGACAAGCAGAGCGUGGCCAUGAAGGACCUCCUGGAGGCCAUCUACCCCAGGAAGGACCGGCCGGACUACGUGAUGCGCCUGGAGCCAAUCCAGACCUCCAAUAACGCUGUGUUCCAGUUCCUGUCCUCCGAGGAGGAGCUGGCCCACUUCCCCCGGGCUCCACACACCCCUGGAGGGACCCGCACACACAGCCCUGAGCCCUGGAGGGAGCAGGGAGGGACGCCGGAGAAUGGGCAGACUGGAGAGGGGGAGGAGGUGGCGCGGCCCGAGGAGGAGGGGUCUACGAGCGGGGUGGAGGACGUUACCAUCUCGUGCUGCCUGUGUGGUAAGGACUUCAACUCUCGCCGCAGCAUCCGCCGCCACUGUCGCAAGAUGCACCAGACCAAGCUGGAGGAGCUCCGGAAGUUCACCGAGACGCGCACCGUUCCCAUCAGCCUCCUCUCCAUGGUCAAAGGUCGGUCUCGCCCCUUGCACACGCCCAGCGGCAAGUCCUGCCCCGUCUGCUUCAAGUCCUUCGCCACCAAGGCCAACGUGCGCCGCCAUUUUGACGAGGUGCACCGCGGCCUGCGUCGGGACACCAUCACGCCGGACAUAGCCACGCGCCCCGGCCAGCCGCUGUCCCUGGAGGCCACGCCGCCCCGCAAGAGCGCCAGCUCCUCCCCCACGAGAGGUCACACCCCGAAGAGCGGAGGAGCUUCGGGGGCUACUAGCCCUCAGCCCCCCAAAGCCUCCACCGCGGUGCCCCCUGCCCCUUCUCUCCUGGCAUCGGCCCUGUACAACCUGGCCUCCUGCCGCUGUCUGCUCUGCAAGAGAAAGUACAGCUCCCAGGUCAUGUUAAAGAGACACAUGCGCAUCGUCCACAAGAUCUACAAUCUCAAGAACGUUAGCUCCGUCUCCACGACCGCAACCACAUCCACGGCGACCAACAAAAACAACAACAGCAAAACAGCCACCAACACUGACAGCACCCCUAGCAACAGCUUGAGCAUGAAGGAGGAGGCGGUUGAAUCCUGGGACGACCCUGACUCCAGCCCCGCCUCGUCGCCUGGCGACGCAGACAGGAAGGACAUGGAUAGGAAGGGCAUUGCCGUGGUAACCAAGUCGGGUCAAAAGAUCAAAGAGGAAGAGGGUGGCAGCAGCCCCAAGACAUCAACUCGUUCCACUUCCAUCAACAGCACCGGUGGUACUAGUAGUGGUAGUGGGACUCUUGGGAGACCCCCUCAGAAGCUCUCGGUGGGGUUCGACUUCAAGCAGCUGUUCUGCAAGCUGUGCAAACGUCAGUUCAGCUCGCGCCAGAACCUCACCAAGCACAUCGAGCUGCACACGGACGGCACGGACAUCUUCAUCAAGUUCUACCGCUGCCCGCUCUGCCGCUACGAGUCCCGCCGCAAGCGCGACGUCCUGCGCCACGUGACGGUGGUGCACAAGAAGUCGACGGGCUACCUGGCCAAGAUCGUCCCCAAGCUGGAGUCGCGUGCGGUCAAGCGGCCGGCUGAGGUGGUCCUCAACUCUCCCCCCAAUGCCAACAACAACAAGAGAGGAGGAACAACGGUCAAGGAGGAGGUGAACGGGUGCCACUCGGCCCCCUUUCCCCUUACGCCCCCAGUCACACGCAAACAGGAGCUCCUCAACAACUCCUCCACCACCUCCUACCCAGUCACACGCAAACAGGACCUCCUCUCCUCCUCCACUCCGGUCACUCGUAACCAGGAGAGACAGGAGAAGCAGCAGGAGGCCCAAACCGGGUCACCUGUCACCCGUAAGAAUGACAAACACCCCGACACCCCCGCCCCGACACCCCCCCACACGCGUCGCCAUGACGCCCACCAGGAGAGCAGCAGCAGUAGCACAGAGGUGCGUGUCACCAAGAACUUCUCGCUCCACGCUUGUGACGUGUGCGGCCGGGCCUUUGCCAGGAAACUCUACCUGGAGUCCCAUAAGAGGAGCCACCGGAACGCCACGCCACUGGUCAGCAUGCCGCCCAGUGACGCCAGGGCUAAGGGGGUCAGCACUCGGUCCAAGGCAAUGCUCUGAUCCCCAGUCUCGUCUCACUCCUGGUUCUUGGGAGCCUCCAUCCUGAGAGGAGAGACUUAACGGAUGAAGGAGCACCGCUAACGAUGAUGAAGAAAGCAGCUGGACUGGGAAAAGUGAAACUGAGAGAGAGAGAGAGGAAGGGGUGAACGAAGGGGAGACUUCCCAUCUAAGGGACCAAAAGUAUUGUUGGAAUCCGACACUAGAAGGAGGGAUGGGAGCCAACGUGAUGCCAGAGGUGUGGAGCCAGUGGACACUCAAUCUGUGGAGGCACUGAUGCUAUCACACUGCUGUGUGUAGGUUACAAUCACUGUACAUGUAGAUAUAUAUACACACACACACACACACACCUGGUCUAGACCUGAGCCUGUAUAAACCUUAGGGGCGGGGAGAGAAGAGGGCAGGGUCGGGAGCGCUCUUAGCACACCAUAGAUAUCCCAUAUCUGACCAGUAGAGGGUGCUCCAGUUCUGCUUUUAUAGGAUCAGACUUUAAGGCAGGGCUCUCCAACCCUGUUCCCGGAGAGCUACCCUCCUGUCGGUUUUCACUCCAGCCCCAGUAGUAUCUUACCCGAUUCAUCUUAUCAACUAGGUCAUUAUUAGAAUCAUGUGUGCUAGAUUAGGGUUGGAGUGAAGCUACAGGACGGUGGCUCUCUAGGAACAGGGUUGGAGAGACCUCCCCUGUGUAGGCUGUGAAGUUGGCCCAGCCAGAGCCAGCAGUAGUGAUGUUAGUGGUUUAUUUCCCCAGCUCAUAGUAAGCUAUCCAUCCACUGGGAAGGACUCCAUACUAACUCAGUUCAUCCAGAUAGGCUUUAGUUUUUCUGUCAUUCCAAGAGAUAUGGUUUGGGUGAUUAACUGACAGAGAAAGACAUGUAGGUAGCUGACCAGUGAUACACUGGCACAUUGAAGAGAUGGUGACCAUUGAUUGGUUGGUUGAUGAAUGCCUAUAGCUGUGUUUAAACAGGCAGCCCAAUUCUGAUAUUUUUUUUUCACUAAUUGGACUUUUGACCAAUCAGAUCAGCUCUGAAAAAGCUUUGAUAGGUAAUUCUCAUGAAAUUCUCACAAAAGUCUGGUGAAAAUGUUACAUUUAUUUCAAAUAAGACACUUAGUCCUUUUGCAGAUGCAUCAUGGUUUUGUAACUCAAUUUGCUACGGACUUUAAAAAAAAGAUCAGUUUGGUCAAAAGACCAAUUAGGGAGGGGAGAAAAAAUCUGAAUUUGGCUGCCUGUAAAAACGUAGCCAUGGUGACAGACCAAAUGUACCAUGUCUUGUUCAGUCAGAAAGCAAUGGCACAAUAGAAACAGACCAAAUUGUAUUUUUCUAACGGAAAAGCUUGUUAAACCAGGUCUCGGACUGAUGUACAUAUUAACUAUCAUAUGGAUGGUAUAAACGAUAGAUAUAUUGGCAGAUGUAUAGGUGAUGUAUAGUUUUCGUUUGAAUCUCCCUGAAAAGUAGCGAUAUUGUAUAGCCUACUGUUCGGUUACAUAUGCUCCAAUAUAUCUGAAUAGUGAGAUUUUUAGUUUUUCUCUAUGUGUUCAAAGCACUUGAAGAAUCUGCUAUGUUCAGACUCUCACUCACAUGACUGUGUCAAAACCAGAUGGUGAAAUGACAUAGAGAGUUUUCUUUCUUUCUUUAAACGAGAGGAUGUGUGUUUCGGCGGCACAUCUGUGACAGAGCAGAAGGGAAAUUAAGUGAUUUUACUUUUCAAGACUGAUUUUCCUUAUUUGUCCUCUACAUUCAGAUAUAAAAGAGUGUAGCCAUUUCCCAGGACUGUGUACUAACUAACCUAAACACCUCCAUAGGAUAAGGAGAAGAGUAGAUCAGUUAGGUUUUCUGUUGAAAAUAAUGUAACCCAUAAAUCCAUCCUGAAGAAAUCAACUUUUAACCCAAUAAUA